CUAGAAGGAAGCCGAGCUCAGAUAGCUCCAUCCUCGGCUUCAGGCGCGGCUUUCAGAUGGGUGUGGUGCCUAAAGAAGGGGAGUUUCCUUCCUCACAGUGUGUCGACUGGUAAAUCUUCACACUGAAUAAACAUUGUGUGAAAUCUGACGGAGAGGAGCUCAAAUGGAAUGGUGAAAGGACUGGUUUAUAAGUGUAGUUUAACAUUUUUGAAAAGUUGAGGAAAGGAUUUCUGGAGCCUUACAGGGACCCAAAGACUGAUCAAGGUAAGAGUCACGUGUUUAAGACAGAUUUAGGGUCUGUCAUAGGUGAGGAGUGAGUUUAACCUUUAACCUCAAACUCAGCUUGGUGACUUAUAGGUCAUGAUCAUGUUUACAGUGUGAUCUUUUUUAAGUUUCUGCUUUUUUAUCAUCUCAUCUGAUCACAGCAUGAGGAUUUUCAAAAUUUAUAGAUUAUUGAUGACACUUAAUCUGCAGACUGUCAGGUCAGCUUGACUAAGAAUAUGAACUUUAUUGAUCCCUGAAGGAAAAUUCAAUUGUUUGUUGUCUCACAUAAUAUGUCUCCAAAAGUUAUCUAUUAUUUACACAAGAGUUAUAUAGCCUGAUGGCUGUUGGUACGAGAGAUCUUCUGAAUCUUCCUGUCCUGCAGCAAAGAGAGAGGAACCGUCCACCACCAUUGGUCCUUUGGUCCAUCAAGGUGUUGUGAAGUGGGUGAUCCAUGUUCUUUAGAAUAGUCUCAUCUCUCCACCACAUCCUCCACUGAGUCCAGCUUGAGUCCAACCACAGAGCCAGCCUUUUUCACCAGUUUAAGACAUCUUGCAUCUAUAACUUAUAAGUAUAACUUAUAAUGAAAUCACUGUGCAUAUAGAACAAAACUAAACUCAGUAUUUUACUCAUAUUUAUUGAUCUGCCCUCUGCUGCGUUUUCCAUUAUCCUCCCGUCUCACCUAACCUCCUGAAAUAGAGAUCUAUCACUGUGCAGGACUUACAGGUCUGUGUUGUACCAACAGGAGCAGUUGAAAUGCAUGUAAACUAUAACCAAAAGUUGAUGCCCAUCCAAAAACUACAAACUACUUCAUCAGUCUGACUUGGGCCCCUAACCUUGGAAAACUAAUGUGUACUUUUAGGAACAAACUUGUGCGAUGAGCUGUUUAUGCACAGUCCAGCUGAAAGGCUCCAUUCAGCAGGAAGAGCGAGAAAGUCCAGUCAAAGAAAGGCUUUAUAUCCCGAUGUGCUGCUGAGUCGCUGACACAGACAAGCGCAACACGAGCUGAUAUCUCUGCUUGACUUAGCCGCAUGAUGAAAUAUGACUCAAUAGGAGGUAGUUGUUUUAAUGAUAUCACUUGUGCAACUUUUUCAGAACAAUGGGGUUCCUGCAGCUGCUGAAGUCCCAGUUCCUGUGUCACCUGUUUAUGUGCUAUGUGUUCCUGGUCAGUGGACUUAUCAUCAAUCUGUUGCAGCUCUGUACUUUACCUCUGUGGCUGGUCAGUAAGCAGCUGGCUCGUAGGGUCAACAUCAGACUGGGCUACUGCAUCAGCAGCCGUAAGUACAGCUCUACCCCUCUGACGCACAGAUAACACAGAUCAGUGGCUUUUUAUGCAUUUUUCUCCAAAAACAUAACAUCCAAAAUAAACAUAUUAAAGAUACUCCAUGCUGAGUUAACUAAUUUUCAAUCAGUUAUGGGCUGCUGUUGUCCUUGCGCAGGGUUGCACAAGGUCUGUACUUCGCAAUAUAUUCUACACAGUGAGUUAAAUGGCUGCCAUGUGGCUGUUAGUGCUUAAGUGUCCUGUACCUCAUGUGGUGUGUAUAACCACAUGGAGGCUUUUUAUGUCUUAAAGGAAAAGUGAAUUGACGAUGUUUAGGAUAAAGUAAGAUAAGCAAUGAUAAGAUAGAGCUAUAUGAUCCCAGAGGAAAGUGCACUGCGGCUGAAAGUGCAUUAAUGAAUGAGGAGUAAGAGAAGAACAUAAACGAUUGGUUUUGAAACAGGUAGAGUUUUUUUUGUAGAAGGCUCCGACUUUGAUUGUUCUUUGUUUUAUCCUUUUCUACCUUUUAGUUCCUGUACAGCCGGUUUACUAAGUCCAAACUGCCACAGAGCAAGAUUUUUUUUAAAAAAGGCAAAUGAGUGUCUUUUUAAAAUGCACCAAAAGUUAUGACAAAUGUGCAAUGUCACUGGGGUUCCUGUUGUCGGUACUCAAAGAGGUAAUGAGGCCAAGAGCAGGCUGGGAUAUCCGCUGAAGAGUCAAGGCACUGGUGAGGGUGAAGCAAAGAUGCAGAAAGAGGUCAGGAGCUGGAGUUGGACUUGGGAUGCACUGAUCCGCUUUUUCCACCUCCAAUAUCGAUACAGAUAUAUACAGUUUAGUAUCAGCCGAUCCCAAUCUAAUUCCGAUAAGCUGCACUGAAUUACCUUUUGUUGUAACCUUAAGUUUUACCACUGCACCUCGCAAUGUUUACUAGUGGCCGUUAGGCUUGUAGGCUGAGGUAUUGUGAUAAAGUUCAAGAUAGCAGACCUCUUUGCUCGCUCUAUUUUGAAAACAAUGCGGGCUCAGGUUGUUUACUUGCGGAUGUCACUCACGGGGCAUAGCAUCGCGUAAGGCCUAUUGUCACGAUACCCGAUCUAGAAUUUUCUUCAGUAUCAGGACGAUACCGAUAUCAAAUAUCAGAUCGGUGCAUCCCUAAGUUAGACAAUUGAAAAAGUUAACGCCUGUAUUAGAACAGAAAGAGCUGAGGGAGGGAGAAAAUGAUGACUUAAUGGUACAGUUGUGUAGUAUCUGGUAACACUUAGCAGAACAGACUUGUUGUUUUUGUAUUUGGUGGGUGGCAACCAAGUAUGCAGUGGAAGACAAAACUGAGUGGAUGUUGAUGUGGGCAAAAGAAUUUGUAAUAAUGGAAGUUUUUGAUGCUAAAAUCUUGACAUUUGUGGGAUCGUACUUCCCUAAACGCUGACUUUCCUUCUGUAUUUUGUCCUCGUGAUUCUCAGAGAUGGUUGCUGCCCUGGAGUGGUGGUCUGGGACUGAGUGCACACUUUACACAGACCCAAAGAGCUACCAGCUGUAUGGAAAAGAAAAUGCAAUUGUUGUUCUUAACCACGCAUUUGAGAUAGACUUCCUGUGUGGUUGGACCUUCUGUGAGAGAUUUGGUGUGCUAGGGGUAAGAGAGAGUGACCCAGAAAUCUCCAUCAGUGAGUCUUUUUUUAUACUAAACUGUCUGAUUUUAAUGCACUUGAACUUGUGAUAUUUUUCCAGAGCUCCAAGGUGUUAGCCAAGAAAGAUCUGAGCUAUGUACCUGUCAUUGGCUGGAUGUGGUACUUCCUGGAGAUAGUUUUCUGCAAGAGGAAGUGGGAGGAGGACCGAAGGACUGUGGCUGAGAGUCUGCAGAAUCUGCAUGAUUACCCAGAAAGCUUUUGGGUACGUUUCAGCAAAUAGAAAGUGAAAUGUGUAAAAUUGAAAUGAGAAAAUGAAAUAAAUCUCUUUUUUUUACGGGGUAGUUCUUGCUUUUCUGUGAAGGGACACGCUUCACACAAAAGAAGCACCAGAUCAGCAUGCAGGUGGCCGAGAGCAAAGGUUUACCCAAACUGAAGUAUCAUCUUCUGCCCAGGACCAAAGGAUUCUGGGUAACCGUGCAAAACCUCCGAGGGACUGGUGAGUGUCUAAAAGCGGCCUCCUGCAGAUAUCAGAAACUUUGAGCUGGAUCUGUUUGGGAGUGAAAGGACGGAAACAUUUGCAAAUCAAAUGACUUGUAAAGCUAACUGUGACUCUCUUCCUUCGCAGCCACAGCAGUUUAUGAUUCGACUCUGAACUUUAGAGACAAAGAGACACCAACGCUGCGAGGGAUUCUCAACGGGAAGAAGUACCAUGCAGAUUUAUAUGUGAGGUACAAGAAAGUUAGAUAAAAAUAGCACUUAUUUUCCAGUUGAUGUAUAUUUUCUUUAACAUGUCUGAUUUGGAGGCGGCACAGUGGUGUAGUGGUUAGCAAGAAGGUCCUGGGUUUGAAUCUGGGUCAGGGCGUUUCCAUGUGGAGUUUGCAUGUUCUCCCUGUGUCUGCGUGGGUUUACUCCAGGUACUCCGGUCUCCUCCCACAUCCCAAAAACAUGCCUAAGUGGGGUUAGGUUAAUUGGCCACUUUCAAAUUGCCCAUAGGUGUGAAUGUGAGCGUGGAUAGUUGUUCGUCUCUAUAUGUCAGCCCUGUGAUGAACCGGCGACUUGUCCAGGGUGUCCCCUUUGGCCUUUGCCUGAAGAUGCUGGGAUAGGCCCCAGCCCCUCCCUCGUGACCCUAGGAACGGGAAUAGGCGGUAGAAAAUGGAUGGCUGGAUGGAUGGAUGUCUGAUUUGUUCCUUUAUUCACAGGAGAAUUCCUCUAGAGUUGAUCCCAGAGGAUGAAGCAGAGUGUGCCGCCUGGCUCCACAAACUCUACCAGGAAAAGGUGAGAGAGUUUGAAGUGGAGUUUUUGCAGGAUACAAAUAACGUUUUUUUCUUAUAGAGACUAAAUCCAGAACACUAGUCUCUCAUUUUUACCAAGCGUGAUGAUAACAGCGUCAUGUAACAGUCCGAGGCUGCACUACAUAACCUCUCCUGGUGGCUUAGAAAUCUCUUAAUUGAUCAGCUGUGAGGACUCUUGUUUUGAUUUUUGUCAUUCAUGUAACUGCAGGACACCUUCCAGGAGCAUUACUCCAAGACAGGUCGUUACCCUGGUCCCACAGUGACCCCUCCUCGACGACCCUGGUCCCUGAUCAACUGGCUCUUCUGGUCCAGCUUGCUCCUCUAUCCACUGGUCCUGCUUUUAACUCAGCUGAUCAGCUCUGGAUCGAUACUGACCAUCUUAGUCACCGUGGUCCUCUGCUCUGCAGGUGGGUUUCAUGCAUUUUUACAAAGUGAUCCUGAAACAGAAUUAAUGGUCUUUCCUUCAAUUUCUUCCUUUUUGCUCCACAAAGCUGCAGAUUUGAGGACUGACAUGUAAGUCUCCUUUAUAGAGCGAUGUUUUAUCAUUCUUGGGAGCAUGCCCACAACAACAUUCAGGCAUGAUUUAACUGAGUAAAGUCAAUCAUUAAACCAUGCGGAUAGUCUGACUGGGAUGUUGUGUUUUCUCUUACAGCAUGAGGAGCGAGUUUCCACAUUUAUAAAGCGCCCAUGUUUGUGUUAGAGGUUAACACGUGCUUUCCUUUUAAAGAAGGCAGACUAAAUAUUUAACAUUUAUUCAGAAGUGCUGGUUAAAUAUAAUCAAAUUUUCUGACAGUAAGAUCUGUCAGACUUAACCUUCAAAGUUUGUCUUCACUUUUAGUUCAUUCUUCAGUUUCUUUACUUUUAUGUUUUUUUCUAACUGGGACCACAUGGGGGUCAAUGAUGCAUCCUGCAUUACAAGUUACUGCGCCAAGAUCUUCCUGUCCAGUUUCAGCAUAUCAAACAUAAACACGUGUCUGUGCGUGUACUCACACAGUCACCAGUCUACGUAGGGAGACUUAGAUGUUACUUAGCCUUGGUAUUCAAUAUAAACACAACAAACAGAGAAGAGAAGCAGAUCCAGACCUAGUAAGGACAAUUUUCUAAGCUCGAAAAGAGAAAAUAAAUGUUUGUCUCUACUUAAGUGGACCUGAGACAAACUCUACAAAUUCAUCUUUCAGACUCUUGGAGUUAAAAACAGCCCUGCUCUUACAAUUUCCGCUUAAAACAAUCACAAUAAGGAAUUCAUUUGAGUCUCAGAAGUCAGCAGGAAACAUUUUUUUGGUCAGAAGAUGAAUUGCGUCUGACAGGACUUUGAUUUUAAGAAGUACCAGUUUAGCUCUGAAAAUGUUGUAGAUCAGCUCCUCAUCUAUCUUUCAGACCAUAUUGCAGAGAUGAUUGACAGUUAAGAGCUGCUGGUGGGCGGGGCUUUCGCACACCGUUGCAUCCUAGAAUAGAGUUCAUAUUUUCAUGGUUUUUAAAUCUAAUUUUAUAUAUUUUUCAUUUUUCAAUCAUUCAAAUUUGUUUUCUUUCAUGUGAAAACUUCAGGACAGAAGUUUUUUUUAUCUUGCGACUAAAUUUUCUGAAUCAUCAUCACGUUUUUGUCAAUACUCUGAACAUCCUCUGUCUGAAUCCUUCUUUCCUAGCUUCACUCGGAGUCAGCUGGAUGAUUGGCCAGACUGAGAUUGACAGAGGCUCGACUUAUGGCACUAAGGAAGUUCCUCUGAACAACAAUUAAAGACUCCUGCACAGAUACGAACCUGCGAGCUGCUGGCAGAUGGAUAUAUAUAUAAAUACCUGUCUGACAGGAUCUGCUGGUCCUACAUGUGCAAACCUGCUUCAGAGCUGAGAGUGCAGUCUCUCCUCAGAGCUCUGCUGCAGAAGUUCAAGGUGUACGAACAUGAACUGCACUGCUGGGAAUAUAUGCAAUGAUUUUGAUCGAGGUUUAAAAGGCUUUGCUACAUUGAUUUUACUAAACACAGCCAAGGAAAGCAAUUUGACUUAUAACUCAAGGUUUCUACCAAGUGACAAACAGACUACCUCUGUGGAUGAUAUGUAAAGGAUUAAUGUGUCUUUUUUACAUUUAUGUGUUUUUUAAUGAUGGAGUAAAAUAAAAAAUUCACUCUUUUAAACAUA